AUGCCCGGUUCAGAAGGUAUUGUCCAUGGCCAUAUUCACAAUUUUAACAAUAUCACAUACAUCCAUGGCCACGUCCAUGAAUCAGCUUCGUUGCAACCAGAAAGCACUUCUCUCGAGCAAUUCGCACAGUACACAUAUCCCGCGGGAGCCGAUACACCGGUAGUACCGAAUUUACCUCUCUCACCUACCGGAUCUGGUCCUUUAUCUUCAGAGCAGCAUGACAACUGUCAGUUGUUUGAGUUCAUGAACUGCCACAACCUCAACAUUUUUGGCGAAGACAAUCAGCUUCCCACGCCUCAAAUAAAGAAACGAAAAACGCGCGAAUGCGAUACAUGUGAGCCCAAUAUCAUGGAACUGUGCUGCGACGAGGAACACGAGCAAGGUGAAACACCACAUACAAUCACGAUACCGGAUCACGCUCCACCAAUCGCAUUUCCUGGCCAUCAAACUUACACCAAUGCCAAUGGCCUUGUUGCCCAAGAUGCUAGCAGCUCCUUGAACAUGGAGGACACAACGGCGAAUGACAGACUCCCGAGUUUCAUAGGAUGUAACAUGACCUGUCUGCCGAGAAAAUCCGAAGAGGAUACCUUUUAUGAAAAGUUUUGUGAGCAAUGUGUGGAUCUCGAUCAAGACCAAGCACAGUGUUCUGAACCCCAAACCAACCCACAUUCUCAUUCAUCACUACCAAUAGUAGAUGAGGCGCCUAUCGAUAUUCAGAAUUCCAGCUCUCCUCCGCACCUUUACACAAACGUUCCUCACAAUCAUAACCACGAUCAAACACUGAAUUACGAAUCUGCUCAUUCAUCGCGUUGUCAUGACCAUGUCAUGAACUCAUCAACGGACAUGAUGGUUAUGAAGGACCUUGUUAACAUCUCCAACAUGUACGAUUUUCCCUUCGGAAAGCACUUCCAUCCACAUGAGAAUUCCAGUGACGUUAAUCUGAACCUUUUACAAACGUCUAUUCCAGGUUCCAAAAGUGGACUUCGAAAGGCUUCACCUGUCAAAUCGUCACACGACCAUCAUCAUCACUCCUUAGAGUUGCAUUCCCAUCCAAUUCAAAGUUUUUCAUCACCGUCCGAACUCUGCUCCAAUGGAGAGAACAACUCAAGCUCCAGCCAUCGCAGGCCUUCUUUUACAGUCGAAAAACUGCACCAUGCCGCUUCACCGCAAAAAAUCUCUCAAUCCGAUGUGAAAAACAGCACUAUAAACUUCAACUGGAUCUACAAAAACGAACAUCAAAAUAUCGAAUGUGGCUGGAACCACUGUCCAGAGGUAUACGACUCACUGCUGGAAUUACAAUCGCAUGUUUUGAAAGAUCACGUCGUGGACAGCAAUCCGAAUGACACCAAACUACCAACUCCGAGAAAUUAUUUUUGCGAAUGGACGGAUUGUGCUUUUGAGGGUGACGAUUUGUGUACUUUGAUAAAUCAUAUCAACGGAGAGCAUGGUGUGGCUUUUGACAUGAAAUGUUUGGAUCGUGAAAAGCUGUUGGAACAGAAUGACCACCAGCACGCACUUCAUUGUGAAGAAUGCCCAGAUUUUACCAGUUCUCAGACAUCGAGCAUACACGGCGUUGCAGUAACUCCGCAGGAAGACGGUGAUCAUGAGAAUAACCAUGAGCAUGUUCAUGACUGCCAAUGGAAUGGGUGCGGUCUCAAAUUUAAUUCUUGCGCGGAAUUGAAUGAUCAUAUAGAGGCCGUUCACAUACCCCGUGGCAGAUCUUCCUAUGUCUGCGAAUGGGAAAACUGUGGAAAAACCAUCACACAACGGCAAAAGCUGCUCAGACACUUACGGGUGCACACCCGUUACAAACCUUGCAAAUGUCCGCAUUGCAGCAAGACCUUCUCAACGCAAGAUAUUUUACUACAGCAUAUUCGCACACAUUCGGGAGAAAAACCAUAUAAGUGCUCACAUUGCGGUAAAGGAUUUGCGACUUCCAGCUCGCUUCGAAUUCAUAUUAGAACACAUACCGGCGAAAAGCCACUGGAAUGCAAAGUGUGUGGAAAGAGAUUCAACGAGAGCUCUAAUUUGAGCAAGCACAUGAGAACGCAUGAAAGAAAGUAUAAGUGCAACGGCUGUAAAAGGAGCUUUGAUUUAGCCGAGCAACUCGAAGUGCAUCAACACAGAUGCUCACACUGUGCGACUUUCAAAAAAUAUGCAUGA